AAAUGGAAUUCUUCGCAGUUCUCGUAACUCUUUUGGUGUUAUAACGGUUGGUUCCCUUCAUAAUUUGUUAUGUCGGGAUUAUUUCGAACCUGUAGAAUGGAUGAGGAGCGAGUUAAAUAUGCAUACAUAUAUAUUUUACGAGUUAAUGAAAUUAGGAAAGGAUGCUUGUUAGAAAUUUUGUAUUGAGAAUGGUUUGAUAUCGAACCGGCAGAAUGGAUGGAAGAUUCCGAAAGUGUGAAAAAACUAAGUGAAUGAAUCGAUUCCGAAGUGUUUCUGUGACAAGGAGAGCGGCUACGAAGUCAUCGCAUCUUUCCUCAUGAAUGAGGCAACGAUAAGAGUGUGAUUCACAAAUCUAAGCUGCAGAAUAUGACUUAUGUAAUUUGGAAUCCAGAACCAUGGAAGAUAGAAGGGGAAAAUGAAAACAGUUCCACUCUAGAUGUGCCCAAAAUUUGAGAUUUGCGAUUUCUUUCCCUCGAUUUUUUUUUUCUCUUGAUAUAUUAGUGAAUAUUUUUAUUUGUGUUUGCAACAGACAAAUUUUGUUCCUAUAAGUCAACUUGUAGAGUAUACUCUCAGCAAUGAAACUUAAACCUUAUUUUUCCAUUCAAACACGAAAGAAACCUUUUUUAUAUACUAUUUGCAUUCAUGUGUUAGUUCAUGUUAUGUAAAAUUUUGUUUACAAAUUGAAUCUGAAGGAAAGUUGGUUGCUUUUGGUUUAUCAACUAGUUUUUUGAAAGCAAAUUCUUUGUCACUUUCUUAUUGCUUAUGCGAUGGAAAAGCCACGUCCUUCUGAUCUAUGCAGUCAAGCUGUUUCUCAGGUGGAAAUUUCAAAAGAGGACUUACGUGCUCCUUUACAAAAGAAAUCAUAUUCAUGCGAUGUUUGUGGUAAAAUGUUUUCUAAAUGGUGUGACUUAAUAAUCCAUAUACGGACGCAUACGAAAGAGAAACCAUACACAUGUAAUGUCUGUCAUAAAGCAUUUUCUAUUAAAUCUUCUUUAAAUAGGCAUAUUCGGACACAUACAAAAGAAAACCCGUACUCAUGUGAUGUGUGUCAUAAAGAAUUUACUUACAGUUCGAGUUUAAAGGCUCAUUUACGAAUACAUACGGGAGAGAAACCGUACUUAUGUGACGUGUGUUAUAAAACAUUUUCUGGCAAAUCGUCUUUAAUUCGACAUAUUCGGACACAUACGAAAGAGAAGCCAUACUCAUGUGAUGUGUGUUAUAAAAAUUUUUCUUUAAAUGCGCAUUUAAAGGCACAUUUAAGGACGCAUACCAAAGAGAAACCGUACUCCUGUGAUGUGUGUUAUAAAAAAUUUUCUUUAAAUGCGCAUUUAAAGGCACAUUUAAGGACACAUACCAAAGAGAAACCGUACUUAUGCGUUGUGUGUCAUAAAGGAUUUUCUCAGAGUUCGAAUUUAAAGACUCAUUUACGAACACAUACGAAUGAGAAAUUAUACACAUGUGAUGUGUGUCACAAAGAAUUUUCUCAGAAUUGGAAUUUAAAGAUUCAUUUACGAACGCAUACGGAAGAGAAACCAUACUCAUGUGAUAUAUGCCAUAAGACAUUAGCUAAUAAUUUGAAUAGGCAUAUUUUGACACAUACGAAAGACAAGCUGUUUGCUUGUAAGUUUUGUAAUAAAACAUUUUCUGACAAGUGUCAUUUAAGAACACAUUUACAGGUGCACACGAAAGAAAAACCAUUUGCAUGUGUGAUUUGUAGUAAACCAUUUAUUACCAAUUCGCAAUUGAAGAGGCAUUUGCGAACUUACACGAACGAGGAACCUUACUCAUCUGAUGUAUGCCAUAAGGCAUUUAUUAACACUGCAAAUUUGAAUGUUCAUAUUCGUACACAUACGAAUGAAAAACCGUUUUCAUGUAACCUGUGUAACAAAGGUUUUUCUAAGAAUUCACAUUUAAAGGUACAUUUCCGGGUGCACACGAAAGAAAAACCAUUUGCAUGUGUGAUUUGUAAUAAAGCAUUUAUUACCAAUUCGAAUUUAAAGGCGCAUUCGCUGACGCAUACGAAAGAAAAACCGUACGAAUGUGAUGUUUGUAACAUGACAUUUAUUAACAACUCGCAAUUAAAAUCGCAUCUAUGGACGCAUUCGAAAGUGAAACCUUACUCAUGUAAUGUAUGCCAUAAAACAUUUGCUAAUAAUUCGAAUUUGAAUGUGCAUAUGCGGACACAUACGAACGAAAAACCGUUUUCAUGUAACCUGUGCAACAAAACUUUUUCUGCGAAUUCACAUUUAAAGGUACAUCUCCGACGUCACACGAAAGAAAAACCAUUUGCAUGUGUGAUUUGUAGUAAAGCAUUUGUUACCAAUUCGAAUUUAAAGGCGCAUUCGCGAACGCACACGGAAGAUAAACCAUAAGCACGUCAUUUGCUGACUGAUAUGAAAUAAUUUUCCUGUAACUUGUGUAAUAAAGGAUUUUUUUUAUGUCUGCCGAUUAAAGAGUCAUUUGCGAGCUCUCAUGAAAGAUAAACUGUUCAAAUAAAACAUUUUUAGUAAGAAAUUUUCUUGUUUAUGUUUUAAACAGACAUUUGUGAAAUGUCAGAGC